AUGGAUUUCAACAGUAUUCUCAAGAAGGGUGAAGAGUUCGUCCAAUCCCAAAACAAGGGCGACGGUAAGUCAGGUUCUGGUGAAAACCAAUACGGUGCUUACGCUAAAGAUGCUGAAACCGUCUACAAUGAUUUCCAAAAGGAAGGUACCUUAUCCGAAAGAGCUCAACAAUCCUACAAGGAUGUCAGUGCUAACCACAAGCAAUCAUCAACUUCCUCUGAAGGUAACACUGAUAAGAAGGAAGAGAAUAAGAACUAG